ACUGUUGUUUUAUGAUCUCAGAGAAAUAAAGGGAUGUUUUUGUGUAGAAAACUGAACAGGAGCAGGUAACGUUCAGGUUGGGGCUCUUUAGUGAGAAUCAGUGAAGAAGUGGUUUCCUGGAUGACUUCAUCAGUCUUUCUUUGAGUGUUUAAUGAAACAGAAAAUAUCUUCUCCAGGUGAAGACUCGGCUUCACAGAUCCCACCUGGACAGAAAUGUUGGCGUCAGGUUAGAGGAGACUCAGCUUCAGGUCUGUCUCAUCGUCAGUAUCAGUAAAACCUCUUUCUUCCUCCUCACCAGUUUGGACAAAGUCCUUCAGGGAAAGUUGUUACAUUGAUUUCAUGACUUAGUCGUGUUCUAAUAAAGUUUCUGUCUACAGAUUCAAAGAUGGUGGGUGUUUGUGGUUCAUGUCUCUGAAUGACUGAAGUCCAGAAGAUGGAUGAUUGUGUGGAGGAAGAGGAGGAGAGACCAGAGUCUCCAGGAUCCAUCAGUCCGUCUAUGAGGAGUGACUGGUCCAAAGAUUAUCCUCCAGACUUCAGUAAAGAACCUGGACCCUCAGACACAGAAGGUCGGUACCGCAGUCGGAGACCAGAGUCUCCAGGAUCCAUCAGUCCGUCUAUGAAGAGUGACCGGUCCAAAGAUUGGAAUCCAGACUUCAGUAAAGAACCUGGACCCUCAGACACAGAAGGGAGGAAGAGGAGAGGAGUUGGUGUGGAGGAGCAGCCGUCCAGUCAGAGCAGAACUGUACCAGCAGAUGCCGGUCUGCAGGAGGUCCUAGAUGAACACAAGACCAGUCUGAGGAGCAGAUGUGAACAUGUGACUGAAGGAACUGAUGAACCAGGAAGUAGAACCCCCCUCAACAGGAUCUACACGGAGCUCUUCAUCACAGAGGGACUGAGUGAAGAGGUUGAUACCCAACAUGAGGUGAGGCAGCUGGAGACAGCUCCCAGGAUGAAGAGCCUCCAUGACGCUCCAAUCAGGUGCCAGGACAUCUUUAAAGCCUUACCUGACCAACAUGGAGCCAUCAGAGUGGUUCUGACCAACGGCGUCGCUGGCGCUGGGAAAACCUUCUCGGUUCAGAAGUUCUCUCUGGACUGGGCCGAGGGCUGGGAGAACCAAGACGUCACCGUGGUGAUUCUGCUCUCGUUCAGGGAGCUGCACCUGAUCGGAGAGGAGCAGCUCAGUCUUCUCAGGCUGAUCCAGGUUUUCCAUCCAUCGUUCCAGAAGCUCACAGCAGAGCAGCUGGCUGCCGGGAAACCGUUGUUCAUCUUUGACGGCCUGGAUGAAAGCAGACGUUCCCUGGAUUUCAACAACGGUCCGGUGGUGUCUGACGUCACACAGAGCUCAUCGGUCAACGUGCUGCUGACCAACCUCAUCCAGGGGAACCUGCUUCCCUCAGCUCUCAUCUGGAUCACUUCCAGACCUGCAGCAGCCAAUCAGAUCCCUCACAAACACGUGGACAGGCUGACAGAAGUACGAGGCUUCACCGACGGCCAGAAGGAGGAAUACUUCAGGAGGAGGUUCAGGGAUGAAGAGCGGUCCAGCAGCAUCGUCUCCCACAUGAAGACAUCCAGAACCCUCCACAUCAUGUGUCAACUCCCGGUCUUCUGCUGGAUCACUGCUACAGUUCUGGACCACAUGUUGACCACAGAGCAGAGAGGAGAGCUGCCCAAGACCCUGACUGACAUGUUCUCCCACUUCCUGCUGGUCCAGACCAAGAGGAAGAAGAACAAGUACCAGGAGGGACAUGAGACGAGUCCACAGGAGCUGACGGAGGCCGACAGGGACCUUCUCCUGAAGCUGGGGAGGCUGGCGUUUCAACAUCUGGAGAAAGGAAACAUCAUGUUCUACCAAGAAGACCUGGAGCAGUGUGGUCUGGAUGUCCCAGAGGCCUCGGUGUACUCAGGAGUUUGUACCCAGAUCUUCAGGAGAGAGUGUGAGGUCUUCCAGAAACCCGUCUACUGCUUUGUUCAUCUGAGCAUCCAGGAGUUCCUGGCUGCAGUCUACGUGCUCCACUGUUGGUCCACCAGGAACAUGGAUGUGCUGAAGAACUUCCUGGGAGAAGACUACAGUUACUCAUCUCUGGAUGACUUCCUGAAGAGAGUCAUGGAGAAAUCCCUGGACAGUAAAAAUGGCCACCUGGACCUGUUUGUCCGCUUCCUUCAUGGUCUUUCUGUGGAGUCCAACCAGAGACUGUUAGGAGUUCUGCUGAACCAGACGGAGAACGAUCCAGAAACCAUCAAGAGAGUCAUCAACUACCUGAAGGUGAUGAGCACUGAUGAAAUCUCUCCUGACAGAAACAUCAACAUGUUCCAGUGUCUGGUGGAGAUGAACAACCUCUCAGCUCAUAAGCAGAUCCAAGAGUUCCUGAAGUCAGAGAACAGAUCAGGGCAGGUACUCUCUCAGAUGAAGUGUUCAGCUGUGGCCUACAUGCUGCAGAUGUCGGAGGAGGUUCUGGAUGAGUUGGACAUGAGCAAGUACAAGACACCAUGGAGGGGUGGAUGGAGACUGAUUCCAGCUGUGAGGAACUGCAGAAAGGCUCGAUUUGUUGGUUGUUGGCUCUCAAAGACUCACUGUGAAGUUGUUGCGUCCGCUCUGAAGUCCAACCCCUCCCAUCUGACAGAACUGGACCUGAGUCAGAACCCCCUGGAGGAUUCAGGAGUGAAGGUUCUGUCUGGUGGACUGGAGAGUCCAAACUGUAGACUGGAGACUCUGAGGUUGGAGGGCUGCAUGUUGUCAGAGAUCAGCUGUUCUUCUCUGGUCUCAGCUCUGAAGUCCAACCCCUCCCUCCUGAAACAUCUGAAACAUCUGGACCUGAGCUGGAACCACCUGCAGGAUUCAGGAGUGAAACAUCUGUGUGGUUUCCUGGAGAGUCCAGACUGCAGACUGGAGACUCUGGGCUUGCAGUGCUGUGAUCUGUCAGGGAUCAGCUGUUCUUCUCUGGUCUCAGUUCUGAAGUCCAACCCCUCCCACCUGAAACAUCUGGACCUGAGAUUCAACUACAAGCUGCAGGCUGCAGAUGUGGAGCAGCUGUCUGGUCUGCUGCAGAGUCCACACUACCAGCUGCAGACUCUCAGGUGGGAGCGCUGCAGUUUGUCAGAGAUCAGAUGUGAUGAUCUGGUCUCAGCUCUGGAGUCCAACCCGUCUGAUCUGGAACAUCUGGACCUGAGUAAGAAGGAGCUGCAGGAUUCAGAUGUGAAGCAGCUGUGUGGUUUCCUGGGUGGUCCAGACUGCAGACUGGAGACUCUGAGGUUGGAGGAAUGCAUGUUGUCAGGGAUCAGCUGUUCUUCUCUGGUCUCAGUUCUGAAGUCCAACCCCUCCCACCUGAAACAUCUGAACCUGAGCAGCAACAUCCUGCAGGAUUCAGGAGUGAAACAUCUGUGUGGUUUCCUGGAGAGUCCAGACUGCAGACUGGAGACUCUGAGGUUGAAGGACUGUGUGUUGUCAGAGAUCAGCUGUUCUUCUCUGGUCUCAGCUCUGAAGUCCAACCCCUCCCACCUGAAACAUCUGGACCUGAGUCAGAACUACAUCCUGCGUGAUUCAGGAGUGAAACAUCUGUGUGGUUUCCUGGAGAGUCCAGACUGCAGACUGGAGACUCUGAGGUUGGAGGGCUGCGUGUUGUCAGAGAUCAGCUGUUCUUCUCUGGUCUCAGCUCCGAAGUCCAACCCCUCCCACCUGAAACAUCUGAAACAUCUGGACCUGAGCUGGAACCAGCUGCAGGAUUCAGGAGUGAAACAUCUGUGUGGUUUCCUGGAGAGUCCAGACUGCAGACUGGAGACUCUGAGCUUGCAGUGCUGCGGUCUGUCAGGGAUCAGCUGUUCUUCUCUGGUCUCAGUUCUGAAGUCCAACCCCUCCCACCUGAAACAUCUGGACCUGAGAUUCAACUACAAGCUGCAGGCUGCAGAUGUGGAGCAGCUGUCUGGUCUGCUGCAGAGUCCACACUACCAGCUGCAGACUCUCAGGUGGGAGCGCUGCAGUUUGUCAGAGAUCAGAUGUGAUGAUCUGGUCUCAGUUCUGGAGUCCAACCCGUCUGAUCUGGAACAUCUGGACCUGAGUGAGAAGAAGCUGCAGGAUUCAGAUGUGAAGCAGCUGUGUGGUUUCCUGGGUGGUCCAGACUGCAGACUGGAGACUCUGAGGUUGGAGGAAUGCAGGAUGUCAGAGAUCAGCUGUUCUUCUCUGGUCUCAGUUCUGAAGUCCAACCCCUCCCACCUGAAACAUCUGAAACAUCUGGACCUGAGUGGCAACUACAACCUGCGUGAUUCAGGAGUGAAACAUCUGUGUGGUUUCCUGGAGAGUCCAGACUGCAGACUGGAGACUCUGAGGUUGGAGGGCUGCGUGUUGUCAGAGAUCAGCUGUUCUUCUCUGGUCUCAGCUCUGAAGUCCAACCCCUCCCUCCUGAAACAUCUGAAACAUCUGGACCUGAGCUGGAACCACCUGCAGGAUUCAGGAGUGAAACAUCUGUGUGGUUUCCUGGAGAGUCCAGACUGCAGACUGGAGACUCUGGGCUUGCAGUGCUGUGAUCUGUCAGGGAUCAGCUGUUCUUCUCUGGUCUCAGCUCUGAAGUCCAACCCCUCCCAUCUGAAACAUCUGGACCUGAGAUUCAACUACAAGCUGCAGGCUGCAGAUGUGGAGCAGCUGUCUGGUCUGCUGCAGAGUCCACACUACCAGCUGCAGACUCUCAGGUGGGAGCGCUGCAGUUUGUCAGAGAUCAGCUGUGAUGAUCUGGUCUCAGUUCUGGAGUCCAACCCGUCUGAUCUGGAACAUCUGGACCUGAGUGGGAACCAGCUGCAGGAUUCAGAUGUGAAGCAGCUGUGUGGUUUCCUGGGUGGUCCAGACUGCAGACUGGAGACUCUGAGGUUGGAGGGAUGCGAUAUGUCAGAGAUCAGCUGUUCUUCUCUGGUCUCAGUUCUGAAGUCCAACCCCUCCCACCUGAAACAUCUGAAACAUCUGGACCUGAGUCUGAACCACCUGCAGGAUUCAGGAGUGAAACAUCUGUGUGGUUUCCUGGAGAGUCCAGACUGCAGACUGGAGACUCUGAGGUUGGAGCGCUGCUUCUUGUCAGGGAUCAGCUGUUCUUCUCUGGUCUCAGCUCUGAAGUCCAACCCCUCCCACCUGAAACAUCUGGACCUGAGUAACAACUACAAGCUGAAGGCUGCAGAUGUGCAGCAGCUGUCUGCUCUGCUGCAGAGUCCACACUACCAGCUGCAGACUCUCAGAACAAAGUGGAACUAAACAGACGACGGUGAAGCAGGUGGACUCUUCCCAGAGGAGACGUCCUCCUAUAAUCUCUCAACACCAGCAAAGGUUGGUGAAGCUUGUGUCUCCACCGACCUCCACCUCUCCCCUCGUCAAAAACCCUCGUCUAAAAAAAAAAGAGGGUGCAUAUUGAUGUAAUGCAGCGGUUUCAAACUGUGGGGUGCAUCCCCCUAGUGGGGCGUGGAGGUACUGCAGGGGGGUGCAUCCCCCUAGUGGGGCGUGGAGGUACUGCAGGGGGGUGCGGCCCCCUAGUGGGGCGUGGAGGUACUGCAGGGGGUGUGUGCCCCCCUAGUGGGGCGUGGAGGUACUGCAGGGUGGGUGCGCCCCCCUAGUGGGGCGUGGAGGUACUGCAGGGGGGGUGCCCCCCCUAGUGGGGCGUGGAGGUACUGCAGGGGGGUGCGGCCCCCUAGUGGGGCGUGGAGGUACUGCAGGGGGGAGGAAGACGGAGCGGAGCUGGAAACCAGACGGCUGCAUUGGGAUCGGGACCUGCCGGGUCAAUGCAGGAUUGGGAUGGAGUCUAGCAACAAGUGGAGAUCAAUGACGGGGAAAAAAAACCUCAAAGAAGAUCUUUACAAAACAAAGGAGAGGAAAGUCAGAUAUUUGGAGAAUAUCAAGAGACAACAGCUGGUUUGAGAAGAUCUCUAAGGGAAACAAGCACACACAAGUCACUGAUAGAGUGUGGAAUAGGAAUGUGAUUAUUUACAACCUGCAGUACAAAUAGGAGUUCAUGUCUAUUAAUAUAUGUUCAUAAAAUUAAUACUCAGGGAAGAAGGCCUAGUUUCAAUUACUACUUAUUAUUGUUAGUAUCAUAAUUGUUGGUUGGUAUUUGUAUUGAAAAGUGCUUUACAAAUAAAGUUAUAUUAUUAUUAUUAUUAUUAUUUUAUUAUUCUAAUUAUUUCAGUGUCACCGAAUCAUUUACCAAUACAAGCACUUUUGUUCAUGUUCAAUUAAUAAUACAAUAUAAAAUGAUAGUUGGGUUUUGUAUCUUAUUAUUAGUAGAGUAAUGUUUGUACAAUUAUAUACAAUUAAUUCUACCAAUCUAGGUGGGAAUCGUUAGGUGGGGGCUCUAAAAUAUUUCUAAUUCCCCAAGGGGGGCCUGACUGAAAACAUUUGAAAACCACUGAUGUAAAGUCAUUUAAUUCACUAUUGUCUGACCCUUUGAAAUCAAUAAAUAUACUUGUAAAAAACACCCUGGUCUGCUCCCACCGCACCUUCCUGCUCUCAGACUAACAUUCCUUCUGUCCCUGCUCCUAAAUCUGCUGAAAGCAGCAGUGAAGAGACACAACAGCGUGAAGAAGAAGUCUCCAACCUGGGAGAAGGAUGUGAGCCUUUUAUCAGAAUGAAGGCGAUCCCAGCGAGCAACGCUCCGCCUUCCUCUGGUCCUCUAAAACUCUCCACCACAGGUUCCUGUGAGAGGAAGGAAAAGUCCUGCAGCAGGUCCCGUUCAAGCAGCUUUCCCUCGCCCACUCAUCAACCUUCUGCAGAAAGCAGAGCCCUAAAAAGAUGUGGAAGUUUCCCUGCCGGGAACCUGAGCAGCAGCUUUGAGGAGUUCCCACCUGCCUGCACUGACUGUGUUUCCAGCAUCAAUAACCUUUUAAAACCUGAAUAUCAGCAAUAACCCGGUUACACGGCCAUGUAAACACCAAUAACUCCUUUGAAUAACCAGAAUAUGCUCAUAUUCUGGUUUUUAAAAACCCCAAUAUGAGCCCUGGGUUACUCCUUUUAAAACUGAAUAUUGGGUCAUGUAAACGUAACGGAAUAUCCCCAUCAAACGGAACAGGAAUCUGUUUUCUGCUCAUGCUCUGUUCACAAGGAAUCCUGGUCUUUUGAGUCCAGGAAGUUCUUCUAAACACGGAGAAACCAAGACCAGGAGGAGACUAAUCACUUCAUAAAUGGAAUGAAGGAUAUGAACAUUUCUGCAUUUGUAGACGGUAGAAAGUACCGGGAUAGAAGAUUUACUAAAAGUUGCUGAAGCAGCAUUUGUUUUGGAUUUGGAUCCAGGAAGAAGAAGCAGAAAUGACGGGAAUUGUGUCAUCACGUUCUCCGUGCGUCGCUGGUUUGAUCCAGAUAAAUGAUUAAUCACCAUGUAAACGGAAUAUUCCCAAUGUUUCAGGAACCGGAAUAUUAGCAAUAACCUGAAUUUGGACUGAUGUAAACGUAGUCCAUGAUGUCGUCCAGUUCAUCAGGACUCAGAAGGAAACACAAACUCAUGUUGUCAUCCACGUUGGGAAGAGAAACAAAAAUGAUAAUAAUAAUAAAAGUUUAAAUAAAUAUAUAUAUAUAGUGACAUAACAAAAAAGUAGUAGUAGUGCAAUGAAUGUAAACUUAAAUAAGAAAAUAAAAUGAAAAGGAAAUGGGUUAUCUAGAGAUUAAUAAUUAGUUCUUAGAUCAAUGAUUAGCAAUUCCAGUAAUAGUCACAAGUUAAACUAGUAAAUACUUGAGAGGGAAUGUUGUCAUAUAUCACCCCAGAGUUAUAUACCAAUGUAUUAGUAAUUAUUCUGUUACUAUUCUUAGGGAUAGAAAAACAAAGACAUCAGCUCAGUCCUUUGGAAAUACUCUCACAUUUUCUAAGUAAGUAAUAAAUGGUUUCCAGCUGGAGAAGAACUUUCUAAUGAACCCCUAAUUGUAAACUUUAUUUUUUCCAAUUUGAAGAAAUCCAUAAUAUCAAUUGCUGCCCUUUUGAACUGUAUUUUAGACAUGAAGUGAUGGAUGGCAGCAAACUUCCUACAGCUCAACCAGGACAAACGGAGGUUUUACUCAUCGGUCCUGAAGGCCAGAGAGAGAAACUUUUACCAAAGUUACAGGAUUUAAACCCUCAAAAUCACUUACAAAUCUGGGCCUGAUUUUUGACUCUGAGCUCACUUUUAUUCCACAUAUCAAAAACAGAACAAAGAUGGGAGAAUUAACUUCUUUGUAAUAUUUCUUCUGUUGAUUGGGAACAAAUGUGUAAAAACAUUUAUGAAACAACUAAUUCAAAUUAUUGGAAGGAGUUUGCGUGGAAGAUUUUAAUUAGAUAUUUUAGGACACCCCAAAUUUAAAGUAAGUACAAAUGUGAUCUAAAUUCAAAUUGUUGUAGAAAAUGCAGGAGCAGAUAAAACACCACAGUCGUGUAUUCUGGUCGUGUUUAGUUAGAAGUGAAUUUAGUGAAAACUCUGUCAGAGAAUUGGAGAAUAUUUUUUGUGUUUCUUUUGAUAAAAAUCCACUGGUGUUAUUACUUGGAAAAACACCAGAAGAAAUGAAGAGGAAAGAACCUCACAUGUUUUUAGUUUUAAGAGCAGCAUUAAUGAAACAAAUGACAAGAAAUUGGUUAAAGGAUGAUCAUUUAAUUAAUUCUAAAUGGAAGGAUCUUGUAAAUGACAAAUAUGGAAUGGAAAAAAUAACAAUGAGACGUAGAAAUCCAGUUUAUAUUUUUGAAUAAAAAUGGAAUAGAUGUAUUUAUUUAUUUAUUUCAGAUCCCCAUUAGUUGCUGCCUCAGCAGCCACUAUUCUUCCUGGGGUCCAACAGUACAAAUAUACAUUUCUAUAAAACUUUUACAGUACAAUAU